CCCUUUCAGCAGAAUUACUGAAAAAAAAAGUGUAGUGUGAAUAGCUUCAUCCGAGUUAUUUGCACACAUGCUUAAGAUAAGAUAACCUAACUGAAAGUGUGCAGUUUCAGUUUUUCGUCCCUUCUCUUCUCUUACAUUUCAAAUUGGCAAUAUUGUUGUGCUAACCGUGGGCUAAAGUCAUAACAACAGCUCGUCCAAGACAACAGUUUCCAGUGUAAAACGAUGCUGGAGCCUGUGAAACACAUUUUAUCUUCCAAGAGGAUCAUUCUCGCGAGUGGUUCUCCCCGCAGACGUGAGCUUCUACACAAUAUUGGUGUUAAAUGUGAAAUCAUACCAUCUACUUUUGAGGAAAACCUUGACCCCAAAAGUUUUACACCUGAUGCCUUUGUAACAGAAACUGCCAAAUUCAAAGUUCUUGAGGUAGCUGAACGCUUAUCCAGUGAUGUGAGGUCUCCAGAUCUUAUAAUUGGAUGUGAUACAACUGUUGCACUUGGUGACACAAUGUUGGGGAAACCAAGUAACAAGGAAAAUGCGUUUGAAAUGCUAUCAAUGUUGAGUGGGAAAGCUCACACUGUCUAUACUGGAGUAGUUCUAAAAACUCCAUCAAAAACUGUCUCUUUCUGUGAGAGCACGAAGGUUUACUUUGCUAAACUGAGCCCAGAAGUGAUAAAGAGCUAUAUUGAGACAGGCGAGCCGAUGGACAAGGCAGGUGGUUAUGGAAUCCAAAGCAUUGGUGGCUCUCUUAUAGAAAAGAUAGACGGAGAUUAUUUCACAGUUAUGGGACUUCCAUUGUGCUCUUUAAGUAAGCACAUUCUACAACUUUUGGAAGAAAAGUCAGUUUGAAAUUGAUGUGUGAUAGGUUUUUCAGUCGGAUGAAUCUUUCGGUUUCAAAUACAAUAUAAAAAUAAUA